ACUCUAGGGAACACUCAAUGGACUGAUGUACCGUUUUACAAGUCCUUUGAACGGGCUACACAGAUGUUAGCAGAAAGAGAACGGGUCAGUGUAGCGGAUCACCCAGGAGAGAUUAUGAUAAGUAGCUCUUCAGAUAACUUCUCUUUGAACUGUUCUUUUGGGAGUUUGGUAAAGGAAACGGAAGCUCUAGCUGGAACCGUACCUGAACAAGGGAUCAUGUACUCCUUUGAUUCGGCUGAGUCGCCAGUUCUGAUUACACAACCUCGUGAGUGUAACUGGGUGGAUGAUGAAGUAGAUCAUAAAGUAGGGCAAGUAAGGAUUGGUGCUGCUAGAAGGCUAAGGUUUGGGAACACUUUCGAGGCCAACCAUUACGAGAAGAAGAAGGAUAACUCGAAGAGUGAGGAAUCAGCAGAGUCAAAUACUUGGACAAGCAAAGUAAGGAAGAUGUGUGCAGAUUCAGAGAAAGGAUAUCAAAGGAACGCUUCAGGAUCAUCUUCAGCUUACGCUCAGAUUGUUUAGUUUAGGAAAAGUGUAGGAAUGACUUUUGACAUUUUAUAAUGCGAAAACAAAACACAAAAGCUUGAAAGAACAAAAGCAAUAUUUUUUUUGAACUGACAAAAACAAUAAAGCAAUAAGUUUUUUAACAUCCCAAAAUGAACUUGUGUUUCAAGAACAAAGCACACAUAAACUGAA